AGAAAAUUGACGGUUGCCAUCCAUCGUCGCGGAUUCCAAGGCUUCAUCAAGGGAUCGACGCUGGGCCUCUUCACGUUGUCGCGCGAGCAUGGUGCUGUUAUAGAAGUUCGGGCCUCCUUUUCCGAAUCAAAACCUGCGAUCAUGCCACCACAUCCCCUCCACCCACGGUCGCGUAUGACCUCGUCGCUCUUCGCAACCACUGUUGUCGCAAGCUUCUUCGUCGUCGGGAUGCCACAUUUGCUGCCGUGCCCGGCACCCCGAGUCACAUAUGCCGACGGAGAAAUCGUGGUGGGCGAGGACGGCCGCCGGAGGAGGCGGAAACGCCGCGAGGCAGGCCCCGAGAUCAAGGACGGCAUUGUCAGCUUCAACCAAGUCGGCGACGAGGAGACGAUACGAGCACAGCAAGAGCGAUUGAAGAGGGAAUGCCCAGUGCCGAAACCUGGCGGCAUCUUGGGAGAGUGGUUGGGAUUCCACGGGCCGAGUAAGGGAGCAGAGUCGACGAAAGCAGAGAGGUGACGAUGGCAGGUGAACAUAUGUACAACUCAAGAUACCAUUCAUGUUUCAUGACGCGACGCUGCUCUCUUUGAUUCGUGAUUGUUUGGAACUAAUGCUAAGAGAAGGAUGUUGCACGUCGCACGCUGGAAUAACGCCACUCAGCUGGCCGAGAGGCAGCAGAACCAAAUCAAGACAACAGUCCGUAGCGACGUCUUUCUGGGACGGAAACAGCAGGCAGGGUUUUGCGUGGCGAACGGCGUGCGGGUUGCAUAGACAAAUGGCAGUCUAGCAUCUUGCAGCCUUGCACCUCAUUCCUAGCUUCUCAGAUCUCGCCACAGGCAGUAGCCUUGGACAGCUACAAAUCCGAUUCUUAGCCACAGGGGUACGGCAUUAUGAAAGAGGGGGCGUUCUUCUGUUCUGAGGUUACAAAUGCACGACCAAAGUGACAUAUGGU